AUGUUGCCCCAGCUGGAUCAUCCAGAAUUUGACGAAGAUACCUCGCUGGAACUUGUGGGAGAAUGUCCCUCGCUCUCAUCCAGUUUCUUUUCUUCCGAUGCAGCCAGCAUAGGCUCUGGUGGCUUACGUCGGCCGUCGCUCGCAUCUUCUUCCACUUACUCGGCCUCCCCCGAGGCAUUCUGGACUCCAUCGGCAGCAACGGCAAGCCCCAUCACCCCGAUGAUGGUCGAGCCCAGCACACACUUGACUUCGAAACAAUACGUAAAACCCACGGCUUACCUUAACGGAAGUCACCAUAUCUUCCACCAUGCGCAAGAUGAAGAGCGCAGUCCUCACAGAUCUCUGUGGGAGACAACGGGCUAUUCUGGUCUGUCAAUGCUCGGUGGUACUCAUGAGUUGCUCCUGGCGGAGGCUGGCCGUCCACUGUACCGUCCAGACAUACAAGGCCUGAGCCACGGAAACACAAAUCCAGCGUUGACGAAAGCGAUGUUUGCUGGACCCUCGGGAACCGGUGCAGGGGCAAUGAUGACAGCAACGGACGACGAUCUGCUUCCAUGGAGCUCUGCAGCCGUCCAUCCUCCUGCAGAGACGAUAGAACCAAGCAUUGCCUUUCACGCAAACUUGGCAAGUUCUCCAAAUUACAAGGUUGAACCAUCGACGCCGUUGAAGCUGCACAUACCUCCAUCCGCAAUCUUGAGCAGUAGUCCUUUAUCGGUAAUAUCCCCACAAAUGCUGCCAUCGCAGCAUGACUUGGAGGAGUUACCAUAUGGGUCACUGCAGCAUGCGGUCAGUCCAGCAAAAAAACAACGGAAAAACACUGACCGGCUUCAUCGGCGCCCUUAUGAGCGAAAGCGUCCUGUUGGUUCAUCAUCUAAACCCAAAAUAACACCAGUUAAGUCGGGUAUGAACUGCGAUCUGCUCAUCCCACAAAAUGAAUUUGCCUGCACCUACCCCGGGUGUAUCGACAAACACACCGGAAAACAGAAGCGAUUCAAGAGGCAGGAGCACAAGAAGCGUCAUGAGAAGACUGUACAUGAAGAGUCUUUGCACCCAAAAUAUAAAUGUUGGGUCCCGCAAUGCCACAAAGCAUUCUCGAGAACAGACAACCUGAAAAGUCAUCUGAGAAACACUCACUCCAAAAGACCUGGAGUUCGAGGAAAUCGAUAUGUUGCCACACUGGACAAGAACAGCGAGUUCUAUGAUCCAGAUUGGGUGGGCGAGCUCGAUAAAAACGGAUAUCCGAUCCAUUGA